AUCAGUUCAAUAAGUUCUGUAAAACUAAACAAACAAAUUAAACAAUAUGUUCAAAUUCUUCGCUUUGUGCUUGUUCGCUGUUGUUGCCUUGGCUGCCGCUAAACCCGGUAUUGUGGCUCCUUUGGCUUACUCUGCUCCCGUAGUAGCUGCUGCUCCCUACACUGCUGCUUACACCACACCUUACGCUGCCGCUUACACUGCUCCUUAUGCUGCUGCCUACUCAGCUUACUCUGCCUUCCCCUAUACUGCUUCACCUUAUGUAGCUGCUCCUUACACCGCUGCCUAUUCCACUUAUCCUUAUGCUGCUUCUUACUUGUUGCGCAAGUAGUUUGGUAACUGUAGGCUGUUAAAAGAGUGCAAAGAAUUUGUUUACGGAAUUUAUAUAACUGAUGAAAAAAAAUAUUAAAUAAACUUACUCUUAUAGAGUGAAAUGUUAUUAAAACGA